GCCCCCGGUUACACCAUGGCGACGGGGACGGUUUACUCGACGCCGGCGCGCCCUCUGCCCAGAAACAGCCAGUCCAGAGGGGCGUUCAAGUUCAAGAAGUCCCCGAAGCACUGCUCCUGGAAGUGCACCGCCCUGAUCGCGGUGGGCAUCGCCGUGGUUCUGUCCAUCAUCCUCUGCUACUGCAUCGCAAUGCACCUUUUCGGCCUCAAUUGGCAGCUCCAAGAGUUGGACAACCAGCCGGCUUUUGAAAACGGAGGAGUUGGGAAGACGGGGCCCACUCAGCCGAGCGUAGUGACAGCUCUGGCUGCUGACGGAAGGAGUAGCCUGCCCCAUCAGGAGAACAACUCCAUCGACACGGGGCAGGUGGGCAUCGGGAAGAGGGUGGGGCAGAGCAUCCCGCCGGGCGUGUUCUGGCGUUCCCAGCUGAGCAUAGAGCAGCCCCGCUUCCUGAAGUUCAACAUCUCGGUGCAGAAGAACGCACUGGUCGGAGUCUACGGACGAAGGGGUCUCGCACCAUCUCACACCCAGUACGACUUUGUGGAGCUGUUGGACGGCAGCCGGCUCAUCGCCAAAGAGCACCGGACCCAGAGCGAACCAGAGGGCCGGGUCAGCGUCCACCAAGCGGGAUUCAUCCAGUACCUGGACACGGGGGUGUGGCACCUGGCGUUUUAUAACGACGGACGCAACGUGGAGACGGUGUCCUACAACGCCGUCAUCCAGGAGUCUGUCACGGAGUGCACGCACAGCUGCUACGGGAACGGCGAGUGUGUGGCGGGAUCGUGCCACUGCUUCCCAGGAUUCAUAGGGCCGUACUGUUCCAGAGCCGCCUGUCCGGUCCUGUGCAGCGCUAACGGCCAGUACACCAGGGGGCGCUGUCAGUGCUACAGCGGAUGGAAGGGCACCGAGUGUGACGUUCCGGCCUCCCAGUGUAUUGAUCCUCAAUGCGGGGGGCACGGACUGUGCGUGGCGGGCAACUGUGUGUGCAACGCCGGCCACAAAGGACCCAACUGUGAACAAGUCGACUGCUCAGACCCGACGUGCUCCGGUCACGGCGCCUGUCACCACGCCGAGUGCCACUGUAACCCGGGCUGGGGGGGCACCGGCUGCGAGAUCCUGAAGAGCACUUGUCCCGAGCAGUGCUCCAGCCACGGCACCUUCGACACCGACUCGGGGACCUGCAUCUGCGGGGCCAACUGGACGGGGGCCGACUGCUCCAUAGAGGUGUGCGUGGUGGACUGUGGUCCCCGCGGCUUGUGCAUCAGCGGCGUGUGUCACUGCGAGGAAGGCUGGAUGGGACCAGACUGCGAGCAGAGGGACUGUCACCCGCGCUGCAUCGACCACGGAGUCUGCCGGGAGGGCAAGUGUGACUGCCAUCAGGGCUGGACGGGCGAACAUUGCACCAUCGCCCUGGAUUCCAGAGUAUCAGGAGCAGUCAAGAUAGGAUAUAAAGACGGCUGCCCCGGGCUGUGCAACAACAACGGGAGGUGCAUCCUGGAUCAGAACGUCUGGCACUGCAUCUGCCAGUCCGGGUGGAGAGGGCUGGGAUGCGACGUAGCCACGGAAACGCUCUGCUCCGACGGCAAGGAUAACGAGGGAGACGGGCUCAUCGACUGCAUGGACCCGGACUGCUGCGCUCAAAUCUCCUGCCAAGGUCAGAGCUACUGUCGCGGCUCGCCUGACCCCGCCGCCAUCGUCAGCCAGGGCCAAAGUCCCGCCUCCCAGCCCCCGUUGAAGGGCUUCUACGAGCGCGUCAGCUUUCUGAUUGGCCCCAGCAGCAGCCACGUGAUACCCUCGGAUAACCCGUUCAACAGCAGCCUGGCGUCGGUCAUCCGGGGUCAGGUCCUCACGGGAGACGGGACGCCGCUGAUCGGAGUCAACGUGUCUUUCCUGCACUACCCGGAGUACGGCUACACCGUCACGCGGCAGGACGGCAUGUUCGACCUCCUGGCUAACGGCGGCGCCUCCUUGACGCUGAGUUACGAGCGCGCCCCGUUCCCCGCGCUGCAACGCACCGUGUGGCUGCCCUGGAACGUGUUCCACGUGAUGGAGACGGUGGUGAUGAAGCGGGAGGAGAACGACAUCCCCGGCUGCUACCUCACCGGCCUGGCCCGGCCCAACCCCUUCGUCCUGGCCACGCCCCUCUCCACUCUGUACAAGACGUCCCCGGAGGACAGUCCCAUAAUCCCCGAGACACAGGUCCUCCAUGAGCAAGUGGCCAUCCCCGGCAGCGACCUCAACCUGGUGUACCUGAGCUCCAGGGCGGCUGGCUACAAGCCCAUCCUCAAGGUGCUCCUGACCCACGACCGGCUCCCCUUCGGCCUGAUGAAGGUCCACCUCAUGGUGGCCGUCAUGGGUCGUCAGUUCCAGAAGUCGUUCCCGGCCUUCCCCGACCUCUCGUACACCUUCAUCUGGGAUAAAACCGACGCCUACAAUCAGAAGGUCUUUGGCCUGGCGGAGGCCGUGGUGUCGGUGGGAUUCGAAUACGAGUCGUGCCUGGACGUGGUGCUCUGGGAGAAGAGGACGGCGGUGUUACAAGGCUACGAGCUGGACGCCUCCAACAUGGGAGGGUGGAUGCUAGACAAACACCACAUCCUGGACAUUCAGAACGGCAUUCUGUACAAAGGCAGCGGGGAGAACCAGUUCAUCUCCCUGCAGCCGCCGGUGAUCUCCACCGUCAUGGGCAACGGGCGGCGCCGGAGCAUCUCGUGUCCCAGCUGUAACGGACAGGCCCAGGGCAACAAGCUGCUGGCGCCCGUGGCCCUGGCGUGGGGCAUCGACGGAAGCCUCUACGUCGGGGAUUUCAACUACAUCCGUCGCAUCUACCCGUCGGGCAAUGUCACAAGUAUCAUGGAGCUCAGGAAUAAAGACUUUAGACACAGUAACAACCCGGCACACCGGUAUUACCUGGCGACCGAUCCGGUGAGCGGACAGCUGUACGUGUCGGACACGAACUCCCGGAGGAUCUACCGACCCAAGACCUUGACCGGCACCAAGGAGCUGCAGGCCAACGCCGAGGUGGUGGCGGGGACCGGGGAGCACUGCCUGCCCUUCGACGAGAACCACUGCGGCGACGGCGGCAAAGCCCCGGAGGCCUUUCUCACCGGACCCAAAGGCAUCGCUGUGGGCAAGAACGGACUGAUAUAUUUUGUGGACGGCACCACCAUCAGAAAGGUGGACCAGAACGGCGUCAUCUCCACGUUCCUCGGGUCCAACGACCUGACGUCGGCCCGACCUCUGACCUGCGACAACAGCAUGGACGUAAAUCAGGUGAUUCUGGAGUGGCCCACGGACCUCGCGGUGAGCCCCAUGGACAACUCCCUGUACGUCCUGGACAACAACAUCGUGCUGCGCAUCACGGAGAGCGGCCAGGUGAGCAUCGCCGCCGGCCGGCCUCUCCACUGCCCGCUGGCCGGACUGGAGCGCGGCGUGGCCGGAGGCCAACGGGCCCAGCUGACCCCCAUGGAGUUCGCCGUUUCCAUCGCCGUCUCCUACCACGGCGCCAUCUACGUGGCGGAGACGGACGAGAGGAAGAUGAGCAGGAUCCGAAAGGUGUCCGUGGACGGCGAGAUCACGCACCUGGCCGGCUCGCCAUCCGACUGCGACUGCAAGAACGACGCCAACUGCGACUGCUACCAGACGGGCGAAGGCUACGCCAAGGACGCCCGGCUCAACGCCCCGUCUUCCCUCGUGGCGGCUCCGGAUGGAACGCUCUACGUGGCCGACCUGGGCAACAUCCGCAUCCGGGCCAUCUCCAGAAACGGGCCGACUCCCAGCGGCAGUACGUACGAGGUGGCGUCCCCCGACGCCCAGGAGCUGUACGUGUUCGACGGCAACGGCACCCACCAGCACACGGCGAGCCUGCUCACCGGCGACUCCAAGUUCACGUUCAGCUACAGCACGGAGAACGACAUCACGGCCGUGACCGACAGCAGCGGCAACACCCUGAGGAUCCGGCGGGAUCCCAACCGCACGCCGGUGCGGAUCGUCGCCCCCGACAACCAGGUGAUCUGGCUGGCCAUGAGCACCAACGGCGGGCUGAAAACAAUGACGGCGCAGGGCCAGGAGCUGGUGCUGCUCACCUACCACGGCAACAACGGGCUGCUGGCGACGAAGACGUCGGAGAUCGGCUGGACGACGUUCUACGACUACGACAGUGAAGGACGGCUGAUGAACGUCACGUUCCCGACCGGAAUGGUGAACAACUUGUACACGGACAUGUACAGCGCCCUGACGGUGGACAUCGAGAGCUCCAUGACGGAGGAGGAGAUCAGCAUCACCACCAACACCUCCACCAACCGCUCCUUCUACACUCUGGCUCAGGACCAAUGCAGAAGCGUCUACCAAGUGGGCUUCGACAACUCGCUGAGGAUUACGUACGCCAACGGGAUGGACACCCACUACCAGACAGAGCCACACAUCCUGGCCGGCGCCGCCAACCCGACGGUAGCCAGACGCAACAUGAGCCUGCCGGGGGCGAGCGGGCAGAACCUGGUGGAGUGGCGCUUCCGAAAAGAACAAGCCAGAGGGAAAGUGAUCGUGUUUGGACGCAAGCUUAGGGUGAACGGACGGAACAUUCUCUCCGUCGAUUACGAUCGCACCCUGAGGACGGAGAAGAUUUACGACGACCACAGGAAGUUCCUCUUAAAGAUUAUAUACGACGCGUCGGGCCACCCGGUGCUCUGGGUGCCCAGCAGUAAGCUACUGCCGGUGAACGUGAGCCGCACGAGCAGCGGCCAGAUCAGCGCCCUGCAGCGAGGCCCCACCACCGAGCGGCUGGAGUACGACAGCCAGGGCCGCCUGGUGUCCAGGGUGUUUGCUGAUGGGAAGAUAUGGAGUUACACCUACCUGGAGCAGUCCAUGAUCCUCCUGCUCCACAGCCAACGGCAGUACAUAUUCGAUUUCGACUCGCUGGACCGGCUCUCCGCCGUCACGAUGCCGAGCGUCGCCCGCUACACCAUGCAGACCAUCCGUUCGGUGGGCUACUACAGGAACCUCUACCGCCCCCCGGAGAGCAACGCCUCCGUGGCAGUGGACUACAGCGAAGACGGCCUCCUCCUCAGGGUGUCUCACCUCGGCACCGGACGCAGGGUCCUGUACCGGUACCGACGGCAGAACAAACUGUCCGAGAUCCUGUACGACAGCACCAGGGUCAGCUUCACCUACGACGAGACGGCGGGGGUGCUGAAGACCGUCAACCUGCAGAACGAGGGAUUCAUCUGCUCCAUCCGCUAUCGCCAGGUGGGUCCCCUGGUGGACCGGCAGAUCUUCCGCUUCAGCGAGGACGGCAUGGUCAACGCGCGCUUCGACUACACCUACGACAGCAGCCUGCGGGUCACCAGCGUGCAAGGCGUCAUCAACGAGACGCCGCUGCCCAUCGACCUGUACCAGUUCGACGACAUCUCGGGGAAGGUGGAGCAGUUUGGGAAGUUCGGGGUGAUCUACUAUGACAUCAAUCAGAUCAUAUCCACUGCGGUCAUGACCUACACCAAGCACUUUGACGCCCACGGACGCAUCAAGGAGAUCCAGUACGAGAUAUUCCGCUCGCUCAUGUACUGGAUCACGUUCCAGUACGACGACGUGGGGCGGGUCGUCAAGCGAGAGAUCAAGAUCGGCCCCUUCGCCAACACCACCAAGUACGCCUAUGAGUACGACGUGGACGGCCAGCUGCAGACGGUGUACCUGAACGAGAAGGUCACGUGGCGCUACACGUACGACCUCAACGGAAACCUGCACCUGCUCAACGCGGGGAGCAGCGCCCGGCUGGUUCCCCUGCGCUACGACUUGAGAGACCGCAUCACCCGCCUCGGAGACAUCCAGUACAGGAUGGACGAAGACGGCUUCCUCCGUCAGAGGGGGGCGGAGAUCUUUGAGUACAACUCCAAGGGGCUCUUGGUGCGGGUCUACAGCAAGAGCAGCGGCUGGACGAUUCAGUACCGCUACGACGGACUCGGGCGCAGGGUGUCCAGCAAGACGAGCCUGGGCCAACACCUGCAGUACUUCUACGCCGACCUGAGCUACCCGGCCAGGAUCACGCACGUGUACAACCACUCCAGUUCAGAGAUCACCUCGCUCUACUACGACCUCCAGGGCCACCUGUUUGCGAUGGAGAUCAGCAGCGGGGAGGAGUUCUACAUCGCCGGCGACAACACCGGCACGCCUCUGGCCGUCUUCACCAGCAACGGCCUGCUGGUCAAACAGCUCCAGUACACGGCGUACGGCGAGGUCUACUUCGACUCGAACCCGGAAUUCCAACUGGUGCUCGGGUUCCACGGAGGACUUUAUGAGCCCCUGACCAAACUGCUCCACUUCGGGGAGCAGGAUUAUGACAUCAUGUCUGGAAGGUGGACCGUUCCGGAUGUGUCGACUUUGCAAAAAGUCGACAAAGAGCCGGUUCCUUUUAAUUUAUACAUGUUCAGAAGUAACAAUCCCAUCAGCAAAGUCCAUGAAAUGAGAGAAUAUGUCGCAGAUGUGAACAGCUGGCUUGUAACCUUUGGCUUCCAUCUUCACAACACCAUUCCUGGGUUUCCGGUCCCAAAGUUUGAUUUAAGCAUGCCGUCCUACGAACUGAGGAAGAGCCAGCGCUGGGAUGAUCUGCCGUCUAUCUCUGGGGUCCAGCAGGAAGUAACCAGACAAGCCCGCUCCCUCUUGUCAUUUGAGCGGCUGCCGGAGGUCCGUCUGCGCCGAGGUCGCAGGGGUGAAAAGUCCUGGCUGUGGUUCUCGGCGGCGAUGUCUCCCAUCGGAAGGGCCGUCAUGUUCGCCAUCUACAAGGGCAGCGUUCACACUCACACGCUCAACGUGGCCAGCGAGGACUGCAUCAAGGUGGCGACGAUCCUCGACAACGCGUUCUAUUUGGACGAGCUCCACUUCACCAUCGAGGGGUGGGACACGCACUACUUCGUCAAGCCGGGCCUCCCGGACGGCGACCUCGCCGCGUUGCACCUCACGAGCGGCCACAAAACGCUGGAGAACGGCGUCAACGUCACCGUGUCCCAAUCCACCACGGUGAUAGACAGUCGGACGCGGCGUUUCGCCGACGUGGAGAUCCGCGCCGGCGCUCUGGCUCUUCACAUUCGCUACGGGUCCACGGUGGACGAGGAGAAGGCGCGGGUGGUCGAGCUGGCGCGGCAGCGCGCACUCGCGGGCGCGUGGGCGAGGGAACAGCAGCGGGUGCGAGACGGCGAUGAAGGGUUCCGGCCGUGGACAGAGGGCGAGAAAAGGCAGCUUCUGAGUAGCGGGAAAGUGUUGGGGUAUGACGGGUACUACGUGCUCUCCAUUGAGCAGUAUCCAGAAUUUGCGGACAACACUAACAACAUUCACCUUCUCCGGCAAAGUGAAAUUGGGAAAAGGUAACGAUGCGAGGUGGUAUUUUUCGGCCAAAGAGACUUCGAUUUGGUAGAGACGUAGAAGCAGAAGAAAUGGAAAGCAACUGUAAUCAAGGGUUGCCGCUAUGUGCGCUAUAUGAGUGUCGUGUGUUUUUGUACAAAAAAAACAAGAAGUGAAAAAAGAAUAAUUGGAAAAAAAAAUGUAAACAACUAAAAAACUAAAAAAAAAGGUCAAAAGCAAUGCUGUGCAUUGUGACCUAGGGACUACAGAGUACAUAUAUAACUACACCAAGCCUUACCAUGGCAGUUACAGGUAAGUUCCUCUGUUGCACAAGCCUUUUGGACUCUGGACUCUGAAGCAGAAGGAAAAGUGGUGUUUUAUGGGAAACAUUGAGCUAAUUUAUGUGUUUUAUGUUAUUUUUUUCAUGGUUUAGUUUUCAUCAAGGACAAAUCUGGCUCGACAGAAAGUAUAAGAGCAAAGGAAAUGUUUACAUUAUGCAUAUAUGCACUUCACUAGAAGUACGGCACUCGAGAUUUUCACAUUCUGAGAUCAAACAGUGUCCUUGAGCAUAAAAAUCAGAGACUUUCUGAAGUGAUAUCCUCACCAAACAACCACUAUAUACCAGAUUUAGCACUGUAAACAUCGAAAAACAUGUCUUAUUCUCUUUGAGAUGCUUUUAAAACGGAAAAAAAUGAACAGUUUCCAUGUUUAAAAUACCCAAUAUUCAUUGUGAGAAAGAAAGAAAAAAGGACAGUCAAAGUACGCCAAACUCUGUUGGGGUGGAAGAGGCACAGACGUGUCUCGGCACAGGGACACACCAUGUUUUGUAAAUUAUGCAAGAGUUGUAUGGCGUUUUUUUUUUUUUAAGAAACUGAAUAAAUGUCUGUAUUAGUCAUAUUAACAGUAAUUUAUGUUGUGUUUAAACAUGACAAAAUAAAGUCCAGCUGAUUUUUAUACAUUAAUUUUUUUCUUUAGAUUUUUCAGACAAGCGUUUCUUUUUUUUUUAAGUUAGGUUCCUUCUAAAAUGGCGAUGUGGGGCUUCUUCACAAUGCUCUGUUUAAGUAACUAACAGAAACCUGUGCAUGUAGUGACAAGUAUUUACAAGUGGUGCUGUAUCUAUAACAUGCCAUCAACUAUUAUUUCCACUAGAUUUCAUGUUUAUUGGGCAUAAUGCCUUUUGACCCGGCUUCCUGUCCAAUGAAUAUUUCAUCAAACGCAAAUAUUUCAUGAACCCAUCUCACAUAAACAAGGUUACAGUGGAUCCAAAUAUAGAUCACGUCCAUGUUCUCGGUAGGUAUACUUCUUUUGAAUGUUCAAUGCACUCAUGGAUUAAAAUGAUAUUGGGGUUC